GAAUUACUGACUUCACUAUGAUCGGUUUAAUAACUGGAGUCCGAAGAUGAAACAUGGCUUUAUGAGGAAUUUCAGAUGACAACAGAUCCAACAGCAACCUCUGCACAGAAUGACAGCAUGGCUCUUAGUUCAGCGCGGUGGAGGAGAGGAUGGUGUGCCUCAGCGAUGAAGAAACUUUUGUCUAAUCAUGCACUGAAGCCCUUGGUCCCCACCCUCUGCCUGGCAGUCGUGGUGAUAUACGGCCUUGCAGAUAAACUCCGAAACUUUGUGACCGGCAUCUUUAUCCCUCAGUACCACUACCCUUAUGCAGUGGCUCUCUGCUUUGCCCAGGUUCUGAUCUCUCUCUUGGUCUUAAAUCUCCUCCAUGUCCUGGGUCUGGUGCCUCUGCAGCACUACUGCAGGUCGCUGGGUGAGAGGGUCCUGGUGCCCUCCAUCUGUAACAGCAUCCACGCUGUGCUGACCAUGUGGGCCAAGGCCAGCAGCUCAAACGCGGGCCUCUUCCCCCUCGUGCUGCCUCUGCUGCCCAUAGCAACCGUGGCCUUCAGUUUCUGGCAGAAGCUGGCGUCCCCUCCACCUCCCUACAUCGCUGUUCUGGUUUCCAUCCUGGGUGGGACCUCUUUUGCCAUCACAGCCUCACAGGGUCUGUCAGGUGUCCAUGCUCUGGAGUACAUGUACGCACCUCUGGCUCUUAUCCUCCACAGUCUGUCUCUGACUUGGCUGACUAAAGUGUCUGAGGCUGAGCGUUGCCACUCUCUCAAUGCCCAAGCCUCCAUUUUUGACAUCUACUACACCCAGCUGGUGAACCAGAGCUGGGUGCUGGGCCUCCUGUGGCUGCUGCACCCGAACAGUCCUUGGCAGGUGUUGAGUCACAGCAGCUGGCAAACCCUGCUCUUCCAUGGGUACCUGCUCUCUAUUCUCCUGCUGGGGAUGGUGCUGAACUUCCUGGUGGGUAUGUCGGCUCUGUGUGUCUCACCGCUCGCUGCCGCACUGCUGCACUCAGCGAGGCAGCUGAUGCUGCCGUUGCUGCAGCUGUGGUAGUUUUGCUUGAAAGGACUAAGAAAAAUAAUUGACUGUUUUAUAAUGUAUCAACACAACAAACACAGAUUGCAGUUUAAUCCACAUCAGUGACCACGGGGUCAUUUUAUCCUGUGGAGAGUAACAAGUUAGAUUACUCUUUUUCUUCAGGCACUUCUCACAAGUAUGUAAACAUUUGAAGCCAGAGCAAACUGGUGCAUUUCCUUUCAGAAACGUAAAACGGCUGUCAGGAUGAGAUAAUGUCAAAAGGCUGAAGCAGUUGAGCAACUGUAGAGGACGGGGCACAGUAUAAACAGCACCUGACCAUGAUACAAACAUCAGCCUGAUCCGGUUAGGAAGAAAACAUUAGGUACUUUUCAAAAACAAUCAGACAGACCGUGACAUUAGCGGGGGAGGGGCAGUUUUACAACCAGUGACAAUGAAAGUUCAAAUCAGCAGCCUGUAGAGUCAAACACUACACAUUUUUAUUUAGAGCUGAACAAAUACCAACAAGGACCUUGUUUUUAUAUGUGUAUUUGUUAAAAAGACAGUAGAUUUUCACUGAAUAAGUUCUUGAUAGCUUUUGGACCCUUCUGUAAAUGUGCAUAUAUUUAACUGUAUUUAAGAUGAACAAAAUUAAGCCUCCAUGUUUGUCCAUGAAUGAUUCUGAGAGCUUUUACGCUCUUGUUUGCAUAACAGUGUUAGAAAUAUUUAAGCUCAGAUCCCUGAAUGAAUUUUUAACCAGAGGUCUGCAGAAGUUGCCCUUGAAUGAAUCUGACUGCUGAGGUCAGUCAGAUGAGAAGGGAUCGUGAUGAGGAAAGAGUUAAAUGGUGGUGAUGACAAGUUCUUUGAGUCAUCAGAAGCUGUAAUUAUGUGCUGCUUUAAGAAUGUGCUUUUAUUUCCUCAAAGUGCGUCCAUUAUAUUUAGGACACAUAAGUAUUUCACAUGCUUAAACAAAUAAUGUGAAAAUAAAGCUGAACUACCUGAUGCUGGUGCACUUAACUGAAGAACAUCUGUAUACAUUCAAUAAACUGAACUGAAACUGA